ACAGCCUGUUGACCACCAUGGCGGAUAAGGAAUUCCAAUUUGGAGACUCAGGGGCUUCCACUUCUUACCCCGUGCAGUGCUCUUCUCUGGAGAUGGAUGGAUAUGUCAUGAUUAAAGAUCGGCCCUGCAAGAUCGUUGAGAUGAAUACCUCGGAGUCUGGCAAGCAUGGGCACGCCAAGAUUCACCUUGUUGGACUUGACAUCUUUACUGGGGAGACACAUGAAGAUAUCUUCCCAUCUACCCAUAACUUGGAUGUCCCAAGUGUGUCUAUGAAGGAUUUAAUGGUUUUCGGUGUCAAGGACGGUUACUUGACCUUCCUGGAUGAUAAUUUCGAUACCAGAGAGGGUCCUAAAGUGCCGGAGGGUGAGCUGGGAGAAAAAAUCACAGAGAGAGGAAAGUUUGAAACUCCAUUCGUGGUCACUGUGUUAGAAGCUAUGGGUGAAAAGAAGGUCAUCCACCUUAGGAACAUUAAUUAAGUAAAGUACAAAGCUGGAGACCUCACAGUCUUGUCCUCCAUUAUGGUUUUCAAGCCUCACCAAAGCUGUUGGCCUUCAUUCCUCCACCAGUUUAUCUGGUACAACUCACAACU